CAGCGUAUAGCCUGCCGGAAUCUAUUAGAAGAAGAAGAAGCAGCACUAGCAGGCAGCAGAAGAAGAACAAACAGCCGCUUCAGGGCCGCUGAAGUCUGAGUUUGUGUUUUCUGUUGUAAAAGCAUGGCAGAUGAGGAGGAUGAGGCUGGGUUUGAUGAGGAGCUGGAGGACUGCAGCGGGCCGGACGUUUGCCACGGCAGAAGAAAGAGGCUGUUCUCCAAAGAGCUGCGCUGUAUGAUGUACGGCUUUGGAGAUGACCAGAACCCCUACACAGAGUCUGUGGACAUCCUGGAGGACCUGGUUAUCGAGUUCAUCACGGAGAUGACCCAUAAGGCCAUGUCGAUUGGACGCCAGGGUCGCGUGCAGGUGGAGGACAUCGUCUUUCUGAUCCGGAAGGACCCCAGAAAGUUUGCUAGAGUUAAAGAUCUGCUGACCAUGAAUGAAGAGCUGAAGAGAGCCCGCAAAGCUUUCGACGAAGCAAACUAUGGCUCCUGAACCUUCACGCUGAUUUAGCAGUUGUUUUGUGUUUAUAUCUGAGUAGACUUCUUCAUUUGGAUACAGUAACUCUGGUGGCACAGGAAGCAAACUGUCUAACUGCAAACUGUCUAACAAACAAAAGGCUCAUGGUAAACAUCCAAACGUGCCAGUGUCAUGUGCUGUAAUGAGUGCAUUUUUUUUUUUUUUUUUUUUUUUUAUGUAUGGAGGUGACAUUGAUAUCAAGAUGUUUUUCUUCUGCAAAAGGCUGAUUAAACAAAGUAGUUUUCUUUUACC